ACAGUGAGUUGAAGUUGAAUUUAUGCUGGCUCUGAUUCUCCCUAUCUUCAAAUCCGUCUUUUUUUGGUGGUUUUAUGGUUCCCAAAUUAUUAUAUCUCAGCCAGUUCCUAAAAGUUUCCACUGUUGGCAUUUUUACCCCUUUCGGUCUGGAUUUGCGUAGGCUCCAAGUACUCCUCUUUUCACUCUUUAAUCUCAAAAGCUACUCUAGGAUCGCACAGAGAAGAGAGAGAAAGAGAGAGAGUGAGUAAUGGAGGAAUAUCCAUUUCUCCGUGGUUGACUAUGUUCUAACGGGAAUCAGUACUUGUACUUGAGCUCCGAUUCUUAACAUUCCAUACCCUCUCCUGAUUCUUCAUCUCUUCCUGGUGAGUUCUCAAGAAUAUUAUUUCUCUCUUCCUUUCGCUUUCGCCUCUAGUUAUCCAGCACGCUUAAUCUUGCGGUGAUUUUAAUCAAUCUACAGUUGGGGUUAAUUUGUUGAGGGUGUUUAUUUUCUACAUACGGAGCCUGAAUUGGGUCCGCUGCUUCUCAAAAUCUGGAGUUGGCUUGUUUAAUUGCCAUGCGGUGUGAUUGAUAUUGGUUCAAGAGCAAGAUCAUCGCUUUUGUAUGGUUGAGAUUAAUUUGCAACGGGAAUAAGUUAGCUGAUCUGCACGCAAAUAAUAAUAAUAAUAAUCCAUAUAAUGGGUUGGUUUACAAAGCUGAUGAAGGGCUCCAACCAUAAAAUUUCAAGGGGACAUUACCAUGGGAAAUAUGGAAAUGACCAAUUUUGGGAUGACCAUCGUAAUGCAGAGGAUGAUUUAAAUGAUACUGAGAAAGAAGACAUCGACUGGGCAAUUGCACUCUCUCUGUCAGAGGAGGAUCAGAAAGGGAAAAAGGUUAUUGAGUAUGCCUCACAGUCAGAAGAUGAAGAACUUUGUCCAAUUGAUGAGGAGGAAGAUGAACAUCUUGGUAAAGUUCAAGAAGAGGAAGCUGAAAUUCCUGCUAACAUUCAAAAGGAGGAAGAUGAACAUGACGCAAAUCUUCAACUUGAGGAAGAUGAGCAACUUGCGAGAGCAAUUCAAGAAAGUCUAAGCAUGGGUUCUCCUCCUCGAUAUGAUGCAGGGUCUUCAUUUCAACCAUUUUCUCUAUUUUCCACUGGAUACAGGAUCUGUGCUGGCUGCAACGCUGAGAUUGGCCAUGGAAGAUUUUUAAGCUGUAUGGGAGGCGUCUGGCAUCCAGAAUGUUUUCGUUGUCAAGCUUGCAAUCUUCCAAUUACUGAUCACGAGUUUUCUAUGUCUAGCAAUCGCCCUUACCACAAAUCCUGCUACAGGGAGCAGCAUCACCCAAAAUGUGAUGUUUGCAAGAAUUUUAUUCCAACAAAUUCAGCUGGCCUCAUUGAAUAUAGAGCACAUCCUUUUUGGCUACAAAAAUACUGUCCAUCACAUGAGCGUGAUGGCACUCCUCGCUGCUGUAGCUGUGAAAGAAUGGAGUCAAGGGACGCAAAGUAUCUUUUGCUGGAUGAUGGCCGGAAGCUAUGCCUAGAGUGUCUAGACUCUGCAAUAAUGGAUACUCAUGAAUGCCAGCCACUUUACCUUGAAAUACAAGAGUUUUAUGAAGGUUUGAACAUGAAAGUGGAGCAGCAAGUUCCUAUGCUUUUGGUUGAGAGACAAGCACUGAAUGAGGCAAUGGAGGGAGAAAAGAAUGGUCAUCACCACUUACCUGAAACUAGAGGACUUUGCUUGUCAGAAGAGCAGACUGUCACCACUAUUUUGAGGAGACCAAAGAUUGGCGCAGGCUACCGAAUCAUGGACAUGAUAACUGAACCUUAUAGGCUGAUCCGUCGCUGUGAAGUUACUGCCAUUCUUGUUUUAUAUGGCCUUCCGAGGUUGUUAACGGGAUCAAUCCUGGCUCAUGAGAUGAUGCAUGCAUGGCUCCGGCUUAAAGGUUACCCUAGUCUGAGACCCGAAGUUGAAGAGGGAAUUUGCCAAGUUUUGGCUCAUAUGUGGUUAGAUUCAGAAAUAUAUUCUGGAUCUGGGGGCGACGGUGCAUCAUCUUCGACGUCAUCUUCAUCAUCAUCCUCACCUUCCUCCUCAUGCUCCACAUCAUCAAAGAAGGGCAAAAGGUCUGACUUUGAGAAGAAACUGGGCGAGUUUUUUAAACACCAGAUUGAGUCUGAUACCUCAUCAGCUUAUGGAGAUGGAUUCAGAUCGGGUAACCAGGCAGUACUCAAGUAUGGGCUCAGAAGGACCCUUGACCAUAUCCAACUGACAGGAACUUUUCCAGUAUGAGGAUGAUUUUAAAAAAUUGCUUUACUAUCACAAGGACCUAUACCACAACUUUUUGUCAUAUAAACCCUAUAGAAUGCAAAUAUUCCAAAAUCAUAUCAUUUUAAACUUAUUUAGACAAAAUAAGAGAUCCGUUGUAGCGUGCAGGUGCUGUAAUAUGUGAAUUGCUUGUCACCACACCGUAUAUAUGCUUACAGACGCUUUACAGAAUUUGAGAAAAUUAAACAGUGAAUGUAUAGAAUUAAUAUUGGUGUG